CCUGAUGGGCUUGUUCGCCUUCACUCCACUCCUUCAUCCGCCGCGCCCAUCUCUAGUCUAUUCCAAUCCGGCCUCCUAUAAAACCUCCAACCAAAUUCGCCCCGCCGUGGCUCGCGUCGCGUCUGCCGGGUCCUCGCCGGCGGAGUCCAAACGCGAAACCACCCGAGGAACCACUGCCACAGGAGGAGAGGAGAAGAGUGGCGGCGGCGAGGCCCUUCUUCUUCUUCUUCCCUUGCUGCUCGCCGCCGCGAGAUUGGAACCAAUCAUCCACCCAUGGCCGUGCCGCUUGUGCUCGUCCUGCUCCCCCUCGGCCUCCUCUUCCUCCUCUCCGGCCUCAUCGUCAACGCCGUCCAGGCCGUCCUGUUUGUGUCAAUAAGGCCCUUCUCGAAGAGCUUUUACCGGCGGAUCAACAGGUUCUUAGCUGAGCUUCUGUGGCUUCAGCUGGUAUGGCUUGUAGACUGGUGGGCAGGCGUUAAGAUACAACUACAUGCCGAUGAGGAAAGUUAUCAGUCAAUGGGUAAAGAGCAUGCACUUGUUAUAUCGAAUCAUCGUAGUGAUAUUGAUUGGCUCAUUGGAUGGAUUUUGGCACAGCGCUCAGGAUGCCUUGGAAGUACACUAGCUGUUAUGAAGAAAUCAUCAAAAUUCCUUCCAGUUAUUGGCUGGUCCAUGUGGUUUGCAGAAUACCUCUUUUUGGAGAGGAGCUGGGCAAAAGAUGAGAAGACAUUAAAAUGGGGCCUUCAAAGGUUGAAAGACUUCCCCAGACCAUUUUGGCUAGCCCUUUUCGUUGAGGGUACUCGUUUUACUCCAGCAAAGCUUCUAGCAGCUCAGGAGUAUGCAGUUUCACAGGGCUUGCCAGCCCCUAGAAAUGUACUUAUUCCACGCACUAAGGGAUUUGUCUCAGCUGUAACUAUUAUGCGAGAUUUUGUUCCAGCUAUUUAUGAUACAACAGUAAUAAUUCCAAAAGAUUCACCUCAACCAACAAUGCUGCGGAUUUUGAAAGGGCAAUCAUCAGUGGUACAUGUUCGAAUCAAACGUCAUGCUAUGAGUGAGAUGCCAAAGUCAGAGGAAGAUGUUUCAAAAUGGUGCAAAGACAUCUUUGUGGCAAAAGACGCAUUACUAGAUAAGCAUUUGGCAACUGGCACUUUUGACGAGGAGAUUAGACCGAUUGGCCGUCCAAUGAAAUCAUUGCUGGUUACUCUGUUUUGGUCAUGCCUCCUUUUAUACGGCGUGACCGAGUUCUUCAAGUGGGCCCAACUCCUGUCGACAUGGAAAGGAGUAGGGUUCACUGCUGUGGGCCUGGCGCUAGUGACCGGUAUCAUGCAUGUGUUCAUCAUGUUCUCGCAGUCAGAGCGAUCCAGCUCAGCCAGGGCAGCACGGGACCGAGUCAAGAAAGAUUGAAAGGGAUGCUGAUGUUACGCUAGAACCCACCAAGCAAGAACUCUCAAAUUGAUUCCGCGCUGAAUUCGCAUAGGGGCCAAAGUGGAGGCCACACUUCUGUGAACCAAACACCAAAAGAAUCAUUGUUGUUACAAAAAUUGGUUUUGCCUCAAUAGGGUAGUUAGAUUUGAUGAGUAGAAACUGUCUGAGCUCCAUUCUUCCCGUAUUUUGUAUGGAGGAACAUCUUUAAAAAAAAUCAUUUUAGCAGAGCAGGAAUUUGUUGGGUCCAUUUUGCAGCAGCCUAGAUUUAUCCUGAAGAUCUUUAAUCUGUUUUUUUUUACUUCCUCCAGUGAUUUGAUCUGCUCCUCUGUUCCCUAGUGUUAAAACCUGAAUUAUCUGAAUAUUUGCUUGUUCUUGCA